UAUAUGGUGCUGAUAAGACGUUAUAAAUGGUGUAGGGUGUAGACUGUAGUCGGACGUGGAAUUAAAUUCGAUUCACUUCGAGUAUUAUAUUGUUGCAUUCUUGAGAAUCCAAAUUAUUUUGGCAUUUCAAUUUGGACCAAAGUUAUCAGUCCCGGACGACCUGCGACUGCGUACGCAGUUCCAUGAAUUAAUACAUAUUUAUACAUAUUUGGAUCACUAAUUCGGCUGUUAUGUCUGCUUCAGCGAUUUAUAUACUGGAUGUCAAAGGUAAGGUGUUGAUAUCGAAGAACUAUCGAGGAGAUAUCGCACCUAAUGUCAUUGAAAAGUUCAUGCCACUGUUGAUGGAGAAAGAAGAAGAAGGUUCACUAACGCCUUUAUUACAAACGGAUGAGUGUACAUUUACAUAUAUAAAAUGUAACAAUCUGUAUGUUGUAUCAACGACUAAGAAAAAUGCUAAUAUUAUGCUAGUAUUUGUUUUCCUGCACAAAAUUGUACGUGUGAUGAAUGAAUAUUUCAAAGAAAUUGAAGAGGAAAGCAUACGUGAUAAUUUUGUUGUUAUUUAUGAAUUGCUCGACGAACUUUUAGAUUUUGGUUACCCACAAACAACCGAUAGCAAAAUUUUACAAGAGUAUAUCACUCAAGAUGGACACAAACUCGAAAUACAACCGAGAAUUCCAAUGGCUGUCACUAACGCUGUGUCCUGGCGUUCUGAAGGGCUUAAAUACAGGAAAAAUGAAGUGUUCUUAGAUGUGAUAGAAUCUGUAAAUUUAUUAGCUAGUGUCAAUGGUAAUGUUUUGAGAAGUGAAAUUGUGGGCUCAAUUAAAAUGAGAGUGUAUUUGUCUGGUAUGCCCGAGUUGAGAUUAGGGCUUAAUGAUAAAGUUCUUUUUGAAAGUACUGGAAGAGGUAAAUCUAAAUCCGUAGAGCUAGAAGAUGUUAAAUUUCACCAGUGUGUACGUCUCUCAAGAUUCGAAAAUGACAGAACCAUAUCAUUUAUUCCACCAGACGGCGAAUUUGAUCUUAUGACAUACCGGUUGAGUACACAUAUUAAACCUUUAAUUUGGAUUGAGAGUGUCAUUGAAAGGCAUGCCCAUAGCCGUGUUGAAUACAUAGUGAAAGCGAAAUCACAGUUCAAAAGACGCUCUACAGCUAAUAAUGUUGAGGUAGUUAUUCAAGUUCCGAUGGACGCUGACUCUCCGAAGUUUAAAACUACAGUCGGCUCAGUUAAGUACAUGCCGGAGCAAAAUGCUCUAGUGUGGUCGAUAAAGUCAUUCCCUGGAGGCAAAGAGUACUUGAUGAGGGCGCAUUUUGGUUUGCCAAGUGUCGAAUGUGAAGAAACUGAAGGAAGACCGCCCAUUCAGGUGAGAUUUGAAAUACCGUACUUUACAACUUCAGGAAUACAGGUUAGGUACUUAAAAAUUAUUGAGAAAAGCGGCUAUCAAGCAUUACCGUGGGUGCGAUAUAUUACUCAAAAUGGAGAUUAUCAAUUAAGAACUAACUAAAACCUGUAUUUUGAUGUAGUACUAAGUUAAUUCCAUUAUGAAUUAGUUUUAUAUAUUUAAAAAUAUAAUUAUAUAAAGAAUUUUUUUUUUUGCUAAUAUUAAUAAUAUGAAAUUAGUUUUAGUCUUACGAUUACAACUUAUUGUUCCGUCCUAAUUGUUGUAUUAAUCAUUUUGUCAUUUAAACUUCACGUUAAUUUUAUUUUACUAAUGUAAUUUUGAGU